AUGGCCGAAGUUGUGGAUGUGGCGUCUUCAAAAGAUCAGGCCUCUGCCGAGGUGGCCGCAAUGGUUCCACAACAGAUAAUCAACAAGACACCGCGCAAGACAGAAACCGGAUUAUUGCAGCUAUUCAAGCAUCAUGAUAUCAUCAUCGAGGAAAACACCAAGGUUGGAAACGCUCCGCACGAAAUUCAAC